AAUAAUAUUAUAUAUCAAUAUCAGUUGACUCUCGACAGUCACUACACAGUACACGGUCAGUCGAUCGUCAACCCGCAAUUGUCUGGUGUCUUUUUUUUUUUUCUUUCAUGUCCGUUUUAUUCGUAUAUAUUAGAUAUUAAUAUUAUAAUAAUAAUAUAUUGUGUGUACAUACAACGGACGGACGUGUUCUGGAACCCAACGUUUUUACUACUGCAAUUUUUUCAUUUCGUCGAAAAAGUAACUCGACACAUAACGUUAGUUUUCGUCAAAUUCUACCCAAAUUUAUCUUCGACGAUUCACCGUUGCUCGUCCCAGUUCGGUCGAUCAAAUUAAGCUAGUGUAUCAGUUUAGGAAAUGGGAUGUAAUGUACAAAAAAUAGUCACGUGGUAUCAAAAAAAAAUUGGCACUUAUGAUAAACAACAGUGGGAAAAAACGAUUGAGCAACGUAUUCUGAGUGGAUUUACGCAUGUUCCAAAGAAAAAUGCUAAAUUGAAGACUGAUCUUAUUGAUGUAGACUUAGUGAGAGGAUCGGCAUUUACCAAAACGAAACCGAAACACGGAUUUUUCACUGUAGCCCGUCUGGCGAUCGUCCGGCUAUUAUUUUUACCAUGCUAUUACCGAUGGUACAUACACCAGACGUCAUGGCGAUUGUUUCUGUCGCUUUUAUGUCUUUACGUCUUGGAACUGGCAAACAUUUUGUUGUUCAGUUACGUCACGUUUAUUUCCUCCUCCGAAGAAGAAGACACAUCACCGACUGUAACACUUGGUGAAGUACUGAGUCCAUUUAUAAUGAUGCUUGUUUUGAGCAUUGUUCAUUCGCAAAUUGUGUCUACCACUACAAUUUCAAAAAAAAAUUUCCUGAAAACACCUAGAUCUCAUAGCUCAAGACAUGCUAAAAGGGGUCAUUCUACCUCAAAUAAAAUUAAAAAUUCAACUGAAAUGAAUGUAGAAAGUAUUCAAUCUUUAGUUGGUACUGAUACUAAAUAUGUGAAGCGGAGAAAUAGAAUUGGAGAUGCUUCUAAACCCCAAAAUGUUGUAUGGGAUACGUCACCUGUAAAAACACGUCAUUGGGUUCUAGAAUCGUUAUCUGAUGUUAAUGUUUCAAUAGUUCCCGAAGGUUUUGGUUCCGAUUUACGUUUAGUUAAUCUUGAUGAAAAAAAGCAGUUAGGAGGAGUGGAUCGUAUGGAUGUAAGACCUAAUACGUCUAGCUCAACACAUGAUGAUGAUGGUUUUGAAAGUUUAAACGGCAAUGGAUCCAGUGAUAAUCCCGAAGAAGAUAUUUUAACUGGUUCCACUAUUACAUCCCAAACGUCCGAGUCUACUAGUGCUGAACAAUCAAGUAGUACACCUAAACAUGAUCAAUUAGUUGAGAAAGUUGAAUGUGAUGUUACGUUAGUAGCAAAAAAGUCUAAUGAUCUAGUUAGUAAAAAUGUUUCCAGUCAGAAAAGAUGUUUAAGAUUUAAAAAAACUCCAUUAACUUCAAAAGCUUCCAUUGCUGAUUUGGAUCGUAGACUUUCUGCUUUCCAGACAUCUUCAUGUUUUAAAUAUGCAGUUAAUUCUGAAUCUGAAGAUAGUGAACAAGAAAUUAAAAAUGACGGUUCAAUGUGUCCAAAACGUUUACUCGUACGACGUAGCCAUCGUUUACAAGUCCUUAAAAAGACAAAUUCUGAUGAUGAUGAGGACGAUAAUGUAGAUAGUUCUUCUAGUCGACAAACAGAUGAAGAAGGGGAUGUAUUAUCAUCCAAUGGUGGAAGCGCUUGUCCACUAUCCAUGUUGACUGAAGGAACAACUAGUGCUGGUGAAUGGAUUGGUCUUACCACAAAUACUGAAGAAGGUUCUUCUACUUCGGAUAUGGAUGCUGAACAGACUAACUUAUUAAAUGAUAACCAAGAUCAUCCUUUUUUAUGGGAAUUUGAAACUACACCAACUGUGAUAUUAAGCCCAAGUUGUGCGGCAUCAGACAGAGUGAGUUGUACAAUGUGGGAAAAAAAAGAAGUAAAAAAAGCUGAUUUAUCUGUAUUAGAUAUAAGUUCUGCAAUAAUUGCUAGAGUAGAAGAGAUUCCUGAACAAAUGGAUUACUUCUACUUAGGUGUUUUCUUGUCUGUGAUAAUUGCCCUCAUGCCAUCAGCUUAUAGAUUACUUAAUAGCUUGACAGAGGAUAAACCUUUACCAACCUUAGCUAUUACUGUGAAUGAACCCCCAGAAUAUGUGUAUAAGCAAUAUUUAUCUGCAUUUUUUACCAUUGUUAAUGCUGCUUUCUCGCCCAUUGGCUGGGAACGAUAUAUCGUGAUUACAACCUUGAUAGAACGGUUUUGUUUAUCCUUAAUGUUCUUCUUCCUAUUAACUGUAGCAGAGCGCACGUACAAACAGAGAUUUUUGUAUGCAAAGUUCUUUUCGCACCUUACAUCUUUUAGAAGAGCUAGGAAAUCUAAAUUGCCUCAUUUUAGACUUAAUAAAGUACGGAAUAUCAAAACUUGGCUUUCCAUACGCUCUUAUUUAAAAAAACGUGGACCUCAAAGAUCAGUAGAUGUGAUUGUGUCAUCUUCAUUCUACAUAUCAUCAUUGUUUUUAGCAAUUUUAAGUGUAGAAUUACUUAAGGAUACAUUUUCUUUAAAUUCAGAAUUUCACCUCGAGUCUUCAGCUUGGUGUAUGGUGUUAGGAAUUUACCUUUUGCGAUUUUUGACUUUAGGAACAAAAAUUAAUAGGAAGUAUAGAAAUUUAUCGACACUUAUUACAGAACAGAUUAAUUUAUAUAUGCAGAUAGAACAAAAACCUAAUAAAAAAGAUGAUUUGAUGGUUGCCAACAGUGUUUUAAAAUUAGCUGCAGAUUUACUAAAGGAAUUGGAAAGUCCAUUUAAAAUUGCAGGUCUAUCUGACAACCCGUACCUGUUUACAUUGAUAAAAGUAGUGAUCCUGUCUGCUCUGUCUGGCGUGCUUUCUGAAUUACUAGGAUUUAAAUUGAAGUUGCACAAAAUCAAAAUAAAAUAGAUUAAUUGUUUAGGUUAGGUAAACAAAAUACCUGCUUAUGAAUGUGGUCACUUUUUGAAGUGGUGAUGAUCACAACUUAUAUUAUCAUAUAUAGUCAUCAGAAUUUUUAUAUGAAAUCAUGGCAUGUUUAGACAGUGGUUAUGAUGACACAAGAGCUCGUUUUUUCCAAUGCUAUUUGUUGUGUACUAUGUACAUCAAUAGACAUUAUUAUCCUUCACGUUCAUCUAGGAUUUGCCAUUUAUGAAGUCAUCAUUCUAUAGUUUGCCAUAAUACCUAUUAUGUAUAAUAAUGAUAUAUUUUCUGAGACUUCUAACUUUACAUAUAUAUAUAUAUAUAAUAUAUGAUAACAAUACCUACCUUACAAACUAAACAAUAAAUGUCGUGUUCAUAGAUGUAACUUUAGUUAUAACAGGCGUUUAGCUAUACUUUUAAUUAUAUUGUAAAACAUGAAUCCAAUUGUAAAUAGUGAUACCUAGUGUUUAUAUAAUAUACAAGUUUGGUACCAUUAUAAUAAUAAGUAAGCAUAAUUUAUUGUGUAACAUGAGGUAAACAGAUAUAGUAUCAAGUGUUAUUGUUGGUGACAAUUUUUAGUGAUUUUUAUAAAAUUGUUUUUAAAUUCGAGAUGAGGUUUAUUUAGCUAAUUAAUUUUUAUGGUGUAUAAAUGUAUCUACCAACCAAGCUGCAGUUCUUAAUAAAUAUUAUAUUAUUUAUAAAUGUUUUAACAGCAGUAGUUGUGAUGUACAAUGGUUGUACUAUAAUAAUUGUAGUUGGUCAGUUAACUGUCCUUUACUAGUAUCAAAAUCCUUAAUACAGUGACAUAUAAUUUAUUUAAUCAUCAGAAAAGGUCUGGAAGCAAUACUUUACACUGUAUAGUGAUGUAUCUCACUAUGGUUGGAGCGUUUAUAGUCCAAACACAUGAAAUGUUAUUUUAAUAUUUAUCUCCUCUUUUGAUAAUUGUUUAGAAGUGUACUUUAUUUUCUAUACAUUAUCAGUUAUCACUGUGAUCUUUUUGUUAUUAUUUAAUAAUUUAAUUCUAAUGUUGUUUAUAUAGUGAUAAAUGAACUGUCUACACAAUAUAAAUGUAUUUAAUAAACUUGUAUUAUGAAAUCAA